ACACAUUAACUUGUGACUUGAAGCCGUGUAGUGCCUGGCAGCAGGAACAGAGUCUCCAGUCAGCGGCAUUAUGAGUAGCUGUAACCCACAAGUGCUUGUUCAGAGAUCUCAGGAAGCCAGAAAGCUGGCGUAUUGUCCUUACAGCAGGUUCAGGGUGGGAGCAGCUGUUUUAACAAGCGAUGGAACUGUAUUCACAGGUUGUAAUGUAGAGAAUGCAUGUUACACCGCUGGAUUGUGUGCUGAAAGGACUGCCAUCUCAAAAGCUGUGUCAGAGGGACACACCACCUUCAAAGCCAUCGCAAUCGCCAGUGACCUUGAAGAUCGCUUUAUUUCUCCAUGUGGAGCCUGCAGGCAAUUCAUGAGAGAGUUUGGCUCACAGUGGGACGUUUACUUGUCAAAAACUGAUGGAUCGUUCAAACAAAUGACAGUGGAGGAGCUUCUGCCAUGUUCAUUUGGCCCAGAUGACCUGAGAGCAAGAGAAAACCCUUAAAAUGUUACAAUAAUAUUUAAUGAAUGCAUAAACUAAUAAAUAAUUACCAUCUUCUGAAGUGUAGUCAGGUUAAUAAUUGACUUAAAGGUGCUGUAUGUAAGUUUUUGACUCUUCUGAAGCAUAAAAAUACCAUGUUUGUUUAUAUUUAAGAAAUAUGCUAAGUGAACAUUCUUGUUUAUCUGAAAAACAAUGCUGAAGUCAGAUAUUCUGCUUGAAAAUGUGCAUUACAUGCCAGAACGCUGUCAUUGUUUUGGUUCUUUUAUCCCGCCCACUGACGUAUGACGUAUCUUAGUCAAUGAUGCAUCUCAGUCAUUCAGUCAGGAAGAUUCUCAAAGUGUACAUCCAUGAAGGAAUUGCGACCUCCGGUGGACAAUAGCAGACUCCAAAAUGAGAUGCAGAUUCAGAGUUCCACAUGAGUUUAUUAUAUAGCAAAUAAUAUAAAUUUUACAGACGUAAACAUUAGGUGUAGCAGGUUACAUUGUGAUUGCUUCCCAACAACACGCUGUGUGAUGAGAUACGCAGUAACACAGAUAAGACAGAAAUUUAAAUGCAGCCAUUCAGAAGCACAAAAUAGUGCACUUACUGCACUCCAGCGAAAUGAUAAGGUUAAAAUCUAAUUAAAUAAUAAUUAAAUGUACACGCUAAAUCACUUAUGUGUUGGUUUGCACUGAGUCAUAGUUAUAAAGUUCAAUUUCAAACAGUUUAUUUUAUUUUCAGGAUCUGAGGUGAACUGCCACUGCUGCUUUUAGUAGUAAAGCAAUAAAUAUCUAGUAUAAAGGCAUUUAAAAUCACAUUGUUAGCAUUUAACACAGAAUAAAGCUGAUAUAACUAUUGUCAGUUUAUCCUGUUGUUCAGCUGCAAGAAAUAGAAGCUUUUAUUUAGAGCAUGGUUUGAAUCAGCCUUCAGGCUCAACAGUUAGGCACACUUCUGUUGGUGUCGUGAAAUCUGGCAACAUGGGCUUGCGUGUGUUUAAAACAGGGACUAAAAUGCUUAGUUCAACCACUGAGUGUCAAACUUGAAAGCUGCACCUUUAAUGUAAUAGUUUUUUUUAUUGAAUAUUUAUAUUAAAAUAUCAGGUAAAUUAUCUCUGUAAAUCGCUCAAUUAACAAUCACCAUAAAAAUUCAGGCUCUUAAAGACCUUAAACAAAAAAAAAGGAAACUAUUUAAUGUUUUAAAGCGAAUGUGCAAAAUAGAUAUUUUUAUUGUAUUGAACCUUUGAAUUGUAUACCAUUAUUCCACAAUUAAAAUAUGUGUUGUCUAAUAAGAAUAAUUUUAAUCUGAAGAAUUGGGGAUUAACAAUUGACUUAGCUGACUCAAUAAAUAAUGCCAUUAUUUAUUGAGCUUAUAUGGAAUAUAAACAAUCUCGACUUUAAUGUGAAAUAGGUUUCUUUCAGCUUUUAUUUUGAAGGCUUUCUCUUGAAAUUUCUGGAUUACCAAUCAGGACAAACAAAAGAAACCCAUUAAAUAUGAGUACAUAAGCAUAUGAAGCAAAUGUGUAGGAAAGUUAGAUUUGAAAUGAUUUAAAUAUUUGAUAUUUUUGCAUAUAUUUUACUAUUUAAAAAGGGAAAUGGGUCAUCUAAAAACAGUAAUUUUAUACUGAAAUGUUGUGAGGUUAGUUAGACUUAGUGUCAUUUUCUUUUUAAAUCGAAAAUGUAUUUUAAACGUCACCUGUCUUGACUUUUAUUGUGAAAUACAUUUCGUUAUGUCUUUUUUAAUGUAUUAAUAAUCAACAUGUAUUGUGUCUCAUAAAAGAUGGCCACGUAAUGAAUGAAGUUUGUAGAAUUAAAAAAAUUUAAUGCACUAAA